GCCUUAUUUGUUUGAAUUCAAAUAAUUUAAAAUGUAAAAAUCUAGAUAAAAAAUAUGGGCCAGUUGCUAGCUAUAUUUUUAUCUAGAUUUUUACAUUUUAAAUUCAAAUAAUUUAAAAUGUAAAAAUUUAGAUAAAAAAUAUAGCUAGCAAAUGGCCCAUUAAUUAGGUAGCAACUGGACCAGGUUCAAAUCUUGUGUAGGUUAUAUUUUUGCCAAAACACAUAUUCGAUACAAAAAUAAUCAAAAUGACCUACCACAGCAGUAUAAAAUUGCCUUUCUCUGCGAUAUACAAAAUUGGCUAAUUGCCUCAUGAUUUGAACUCUAGGCCUAGAUGUGUGAAGAAAACUGACCUACCGCUACAGUACAAAAUUGGAUUUUAAUUUUAAGUGAUCCAAGUCCACAUUGAAAUAGGAAUUCAAACCAACCGAAAUCUUUUGAGAGGAAUGGAAAUAAAUUCGCUCACCCUCUGAAUUCGUUUAUAUAACUCGAUAUUAGAGCAAGCUUAUUGCUGACAUCGGUGGCGUCUUUGUAUACGGUUGUCCCGGCCGAAAUAAGGAAUUUAUUUGUCAGUUGACCAAUAUAAUAGCAUAUGCAUCUCUGUAUUAGACAUCAAAGGACGUUCAUUCUGGUGGUUAGCACGCGCGGCGGGAAUUGAAGAGGACAGAGGCAAUUACAGUAGUACUUAUUACGUGUGAAUCAUUUAUACAGAUGUAAUUGUGUGAAUCAUUUGAACAAGCUGAGGGUGUUUCUGAAAAAAAGAACAUCAUACCUAGCGCCUCCGCCACUAACCGACGCUGACAGUGGGGAGAUGCACACGUGGCACGCCAUGCAAGCAGCGGAUAUGCCGGCGUACAUGCUUUGUGACCGUAUUUGCAUGAGAUUGCAAGUUAGGUGACCAUAAACCCGUAUUUUUAAAGUUUUAGCACCAAACUGAACGUCCAGAGCAAGUUCUAUGACUCCCGUUGAUAUUACCUCGAUAGAAAUCUCCCUUCUUUGGUGCCUCUCUUUAGUAGCUCAGCUGUCUUCACCUAGCAUUUCCAUUGCCCCUUAAGAAGAAAUCGGUAGCCAAUCGUACCCACGGGUUUUCAAGGCAAGGACCAUGCACCGACAUCGAUAUGUGCAAUAGUGCGGGUAGGAUGGCCGUGAGCUUCCGAUACCUCAAAGCAACAGCCCGCCAAUCAAUGCGCAAUCCUCUACUACUACAAGCCCAUGUUAAACACUAAAUGCACUUCCACUGGCUGUUGAUAUCCACGGGUGCAUGUUGCGACCUGCUACCUGUGAUCGGAUCUAUUUAUUGUUUCCGUGCAUCCUUGUACUUGAAUUCAAAUUGCCCAUAAUUUAGCCUAAAAAAUGUCUUCCCAUAGGAAGGAGUUUGUGAAAUUUUUACAGGGGAAGUUUUUUUUAAAAUUUUGUAACAUGCACCGCCAGUCGUCACCACCUACCAUUCUUAUUGGGUGUCGUUGGACAUGCAUGGCAGUUUUUGCCUUGCCCGUUUAUAGCUCUUGCCCGCCCCUCGCAAGUCCCAACUUGGAGAGAGGCGGAGAGGCCGACCGGCUUCGCCGCCCAGCCUCAAACCCACGGCAACUCUUGGUCUCUCGCCCUUCACCGACGUCUAAUUGUUGUUCUCAGGAGUCAGGACAUUCCGGUGGCCGGUUCAAUGGCGGGCGACCUCGGCAGCUCGGCUGCAACAGCCACGGCGCGCCCCACGCGACCGGCCAUGGCCGGUCGCUCCAGCAGCAUGGCCCACGUUCACCACCACGCCAACGGAGUACCCGGAGCCAAGUCCAAAGACGGCAGUGGAGCGCUCGGUCGCCCUCCCACUCGCAGCUACAGCCACAGUCAGCGGCACAACCAGCAGCCUUCCCGCCGCUCGCAUCAUCGGCGCAGCCACAGCCACAGCGAAGGCGAGCCGACCAAGCACAGGCAGCCCGGGUGCAAGCAGCUGACCGGUGAAACGAUGGGUGGAUUAGCCACCGCAAGCUGCCUCCUCCCGUGCGCGGUGGUGGACUUCGCCUUCCUCGCCACGGUACGCGCGCCGGUGGCGCUGUGCCGCCGCGCUGUACGAGGGAGCCGGCUCAGACGCUCGGCCUCGGUGGGAGAGGCGGAGAUGGCGAAGCUCCGCGAGGAGGCGGACAGCAUACUCAAGUUCGGCAGGACGGCGUCGGCGUGGCCGGCAACGGCCCCAGCGGAUGAGGAAAAGGAGCUGGAGAAACAGGUGUGGGCAAGUUUCCGUGACGCCGGCUUCGGGAGGACCUCGCCGCAUCUCGACAACGAUAUCAGUUGAUCGGAAGAGACGCGGCGGCCCAGGUCGUGCGUCUAAUGAAAGUUGUUUUUCUAACGUUACUCAGUAUGUACCGAUAAUGGAUCCACCACUCAUUGUAACGUCAAGAUUCAUUU